UGUGUGGCUGGAGUGAGGACAGAGGGAUUUGGCAACAGCAUUUGUGGGGCUUGCUAUCAGUGGCAGAAUUAUCCCUAUUAGUGUAUAAAGUAUUGGAGCAACGUUAUCCUUGAUACCUGUUGUGUGACCACUGUAACUGAGGAGGAGUUAGUUCCCAGGCCCCCAGGAUGUCCUGACUGGUCCCUCACCCUGGGCUCAGGAGUUAAUGCCUCCUGUGCUCUAGACCAUGAAAGCGGAGAGAGAGACUGAGCUGAGCUGGAGCCUGCUCCUUGUAUCUGGGCUGAGAGGUACCCUUCAUUAUCCCAAAAGGGGGAGAAGCAGAUUCACAGUUGGGGAGCAAGACAGAUACCCCAUGGAAUGGAGCUGAAAGCUGCCCAGAAACUGGGCAAAGACUGAGUGAGAAAGUGACAGUCACAUUGGGACAGCUACUUAAUACUACUUGGUGCCUCAUCUGCUCUUCUUCAUAACAGUUAUCCAGGAUAGCAUUAUGGACAUGGGACCAGGGUGUCCUGUGUAAGUGGAGCACAAUUCUUGGACCCCGAGUAUGGGGCCCCUGGUCCCACUGCUUCUGGGGGCCCUGAUUUGGGUCUGUGUGUGGACGGAUGACCCCAGCAAAUUGAUAUCGGAUCGAUACGCCGUGUAUUGGAACAAGAGCAACCCUAGGUUUCACCAUGGUGACUAUACAGUGGAUGUGAGCAUCAACGAUUACCUGGACAUUUACUGCCCCCAUUACGAGGUUUCGCUUCCCUCGGACAGGAUGGAGCGUUACAUUCUGUACAUGGUAAAUUUUGAUGGCCAUGCCUCCUGUGACCAUCGGCAGAAGGGGUUUAAGCGCUGGGAGUGCAACAGGCCAGAUUCUCCUAAUGGACCAUUGAAGUUCUCUGAGAAGUUUCAGCUGUUUACUCCUUUCUCUCUGGGGUUUGAGUUUCGUCCUGGACAUGAAUAUUAUUAUAUCUCCUCAACUCCUCCCAACAUGGUGGAUAAACCCUGCCUCAGGCUGAAAGUUUAUGUACGUCCAACAAAUGAUUCUCUUUACGAAUCACCGGAGCCUAUCUUCACCAGCAAUAAUUCGGGCCUAAGCCUCAGGGUUUCUCACCCCAGCCUUGGUUUCCUUCUGUUUUGGACUAUAAUUGUAUUGUAGCUGAUGUCUGUUGCAUCAGUUUUGGCAAUGGGGGAGAACACAAGAGCAAGGAAGAGGGACUCCUUGAACCAAGAAGCAGGAGAAUGUAUUUCAGCGCACAAAGAUGUUGCAGCUUUUCGUCAUGUAAUCUGCUGCACUGAUGAAUUUGAAUUUUAAACCAACAUUAAUGAGGGCAAAUUUAUGCUGAUUGAAACAGGUGCCCACACUUGAAGGGGUACGCUGGAUUUUGGAUCUUCCCUGUAACUUGCUUUUUACAUUUCCAGACCAAAUGUAUAGUCUUUUUAUUUUGUAUUCUUAGUACUUUUUCCUGCACUUGCAUCAGUAGAUUGACAUCAUUGUAAACAAUUUGUUUGUUGGGUUUUUUUUUUUUUGCCACAUACGUAUUCCAGCUCACAGUGACUGUUUACAUCAGACGCCUUCAUCCAUGCUCCUGUGGUAAUCCAUCCAACUUUCUGUCCAAAGAUUUUGGAUUCAUCUUGGUGAACAUGUUGUGUGGUUGUGACCUGCAAAGAUAGAGGAACUUGAGAUCAGUAUUUAUGUUUCAUUGUCAAAUGUAGACACCAGAGAGGCUGGUUUGUUGUGGAUUUAUAGAACCUUCUUAUCGCUCGAGAAACACGUUAACCUCCACUGUCAGAUCCCUUUGUAACAUAUCAUUCCGCUAUCAUUUUGUUCUGUAGCUCAAACAACUAAUGCUAAAAAAGAAAAACACUUUCCACAUAGAAUUAGAUUAGUAUGCUCUUAAUCAAUAAACUGUUUUGUGAACGUUAUUGAUCAAGAGUUCACAGUAUUGCCUUCUCACCACAGAGCAUUCCUUCUUUGGAUCUCUAUAUAAGUUUGCGUAGAUAUUGACAUCAGUAUUGUAAUUUAAGAUGCAUAUUGCAUUCUAGCUUUCUUUUCAAUGGGUGUUUUAUUCACCGAGUCAAACGUCUCUUUACAAAGCAAUUACCCAUUGUUACAGAGAGUUUCCUACACAUUUUGUAAACCAUUUCCAUGUCAGUGAAAAUAGCUGUAAAUGGAGAGCACUGACAAUAUGGUGCCUGCAUUAUUAUACCUAAAUAUAUAAUUUCCUUUUUUUCCCCCUUCAAUAUAAAGAUUUUAACACAAUAUUUUUUCCUUGUUUUUUGUGUAAGGUUUUCUCAAGAGCUUGAAAUGUUCAAUAACAUUGCCGUGGCUCUCUAACAAAACUUACUAGUGCCAAUCAAUUUGUAAUCUUUCUAAAAAUUACAAAGAUCUCCAAUGGUGCUGCAAAAAAAAAUAAAAAAAAUAUAUAAAAUAUAUAUAGAAAAAAAUAAGAGUACCUGCCACUGAAUGUACUUAAAAAAUUCAGCAAGGAAGUAGGAGCUGGAUAAUUAAUGUACUGGAUAUUCAGCAGUUUCCAAAAGAAGAACUUUGACUGUGUGAUAUGUGUCGUGUACAACGCCGCCAAUUCAAGGUGGUACCACGCUAACCAGGAUCUUUAACUUGCACAUCUACUUUCUGUGCUUGUUUGUCCAGUCUCUUUCACAUUUUUAAAAUAAAAGAUAGCGUUGUUUCAAAAGUGAGAAAUAACGGAUUAAACUGUCUGUUUUAUUAUUCAUAUGUGGUUUUUCCUAUCUCAUUGCUAAAUAUUUGUCUGCCUGCAAUAGGGGCAAGUCCCAGAUACUUCAUUCAUGUGUGUAAAUAGAGCCAGCAGGUAAACUGUGAUUUUCUAUGUAUUGCUGACAAUGAAUUUUAUGGAAGUUGUAUGAUUUAUAGACUAGGAAAGCAAAAACUUGCAAUAAAAUACAUUUUAUCCA